AUGUCAGUGAAGAAAGUGCCCAUCACCAAUGCCAGUGCGCCGACAGAAUUCAUCCUCCUGGGGCUCACAGGUCGCCCAGAACUCCAGCCUCUCCUCUUUAUGCUGUUCCUGGUCGUUUACCUUGUCACCCUCUUGGGCAACCUGGGCUUGAUGGUGCUAAUCCGACUGGACCCUCGCCUUCACACCCCCAUGUACUUCUUCCUCACCAACUUAGCCUUCGUGGACUUGUGCUACUCCUCAAACGCAACCCCACCGAUGUUGACUCCUCUGUUCUCCGAGAAGAAGACCAUCUCAUUUGCUGGCUGCUUUGCACAGUGUUACAUUUUCAUAGCGCUGCUCCUCACUGAGUUUUACAUGCUGGCAGCCAUGGCCUAUGACCGCUAUGUGGCCAUAUGCAACCCUUUGCGCUACAGUGUUAAGAUGUCCAGGCGUGUCUGCUUGUGCUUGGCCACAUUUCCUUAUGCCUAUGGCUUCUCAGAUGGGCUGUUCCAGGCCAUCCUGACCUUCCGCUUGACCUUCUGUAGCUCCAAUAUCAUCAACCACUUCUACUGUGCUGACCCGCCACUCAUUAAGCUUUCUUGCUCUGAUACCUAUGUCAAAGAGCAUGCCAUGCUCAUAUCAGCUGGUUUCAACCUUUCCACCUCCCUCGCCAUCAUCCUGGUGUCUUAUGCCUUCAUUAUUGCCACCGUCCUCAGGAUCAAAUCGGCAGAGGGAAGACGCAAGGCGUUCUCCACCUGUGGUUCCCACAUGAUGGGUGUAACCCUCUUUUAUGGCACCCUCUUCUGCAUGUACGUAAGACCACCCACAGAGCAGACCGUUGAAGAAUCCAAAAUCACAGCUGUCUUCUACACCUUUGUAAGUCCACUGCUUAAUCCGUUGAUCUAUAGCCUGCGGAACAAAGAUGUAAAACACGCUUUGAAGAGCGUGCUCAGUAGAAAUGUGGUCACUAAGAUGGUAGUGCCUCCCAUUUUCAAUAAACCAUAA